UUGUAAAGUUUUAUCUGCGUACUGCACUAACAUGGUUAGUGUGUGGCCUUUAAAUGGUGGAGCUUAGUAGUUGAAAUUCUUGCAUUAUCCCUCUAUGCGAGAAACCCCUUUUAAUUUUUUAUACUUUGGCACUGACCAUUGUAAUUUAGUUCCACUUGCUGCUGCAACGUAGCACAAGAGUGAUUAUGUCAAUAUAGGUGCUCUCGGGCUGCAGCUUCACAGUUGACAAGACACAGCAAAGGCAUCCGAUGCAACUAUGGAGCUCUUGCUGAUAACCCUGCAGUCUUGCUGGUAGCUGGUUAGGAAUUGCAGGGUGGCUAGGAACCUUGAUUAAUUUCAGUCCUGCAAACCCCUAAGUUGGUCUGCUAAGUACAUGCCGCUCUGUAAACAACUAGCCCACAUAGAUUGUUGGGUAGCUUGAAGCUUGAUGAUAUGAAGACCACCUCCAGCUAGCUGUUAGAAGAUACCGUGGUAUCCAUUUUGACAACAUGGCUGGGUAGCUUGUUUUAGACUCCCACAAACCCAAUGUCAAAUAAAAUAAAAAAGUGUUGCCUGUGCUUAAAACGCACAGCCCUGUUAUUUCCAUUUGUGUUCUCUGUUUUGUGUUUUGUCAAAGCAUUUGAAGUGGUCCAUUAGAAUAACUGCCAGUGCAUUCAAAGAUUCUGAAUACCUGAAUCAUGUCCACUCACAGUCUUCUUUAUUCAAGGUUAACAGAAUUCAGUUCUGUAAGCCUGUCAGGAUAUUUUUUAAGCAUUAGAAUUACUUUUCUCUGGGCUGAUACCACGGCAGAAACAUGAAUUUUUAUAUGGUGAGGAAUAACUACUGCAUUCUACACUGUUAGUAUCUCUUGAUUUUAAUUAUACGCUUUAAACUUUAUAUCCUAGCAUUGUUUGCCUUAUUUCAUUUUUAUUCCCUUGCCAUCCUCAGGUGAUGCUUGGAACGAUUUUCUUUUUAAAAGGUGGCAUACUUAGUAUUUCACCAUCUUAUAUCUGUCUUGAAUUGACUUGUCUAUCUUGAAUGUCAUCUGUUAAGUGUUUGCCAGCCUAGAAUGUCUUCUAAGGCGGUUCGAAUUUCCUGUGGUCAUGCACAGCCCAGAUUUGACACAGUGAUCUCUGGGCUGUAGACCAUAUCUCUAGUCAGUGCGGAGGUCUUUCCUUAGUGAGCUAUUGGGAAGCUCUAUUUCAUGUUCUAAAUCUUGGUAUGGCCCAUUUGUAAUGCGCUGCUAUUACUUUCGUAUGCCACACUUAUCUAUAUUGUAAAUAAUUUAGAAAUUUAAAUCUUUUCUUAACACUGUAAAAGACAUUGGAUUGUUUUAUCAUUAAGGCAAUGAUUAGUUUCUCAGUUGCCUAAGAAUAUACAGCAAAAUUUGAUACUGAAAUUUGAAACUAUUUUUUUUUCAGUGGUUUAUAGUUUUCCUGUUUGUCUUUUGUUUCUAUCCCUGAAUGCUGUGAGGCUAUACCAAUGAGUAGAUUAAGUGCAACCAGGCUGGUAAUUUAAAGUGUUCCUCUUUAAUACAGAUUUCUACAUUCAUUGUCAUUUUAAUGGUGUUAUUUAUUCUCCAAGGGGACUCUGCAUCUGUCUUGGAAGGAAGACUGCUCGAGCUUCCUGGAGGCAAAUUCUGUCAGCAGUUUUCCUCAGCCUUUAAGUUUGGCAAAUGGGUUUUUUGUUCAUUAGAAACAUAGAACAAUAUUGGCACAUUGAGUGUAAUAUUAAGUGACCUCUUUUCCUGUCCUAAAUGAAUUGAAGGCUUUUCUUCUCAGAAUCCAGGUGUGUUUUAUCAUUAGCCAGAGGGGGAAAUGAUAUCAGCUAUUCUUGAUAAGUUGACUUUAAGUAGCACAGAGCAUUCCCUAGACAGGUUGCAAAAUCUGCAACCUUGCUUUUAGACAGCUUGUAAGCUAAUAUAAUGAACUGCAGAAGGCUUCAUUCUGAUAUUACACGUUAGUGCAUCUGUAUUGAAAGCACCAGCGUAUGAACAAAGAUUUCCUAAAUUGUAAUAUGGCAAACGUAUAGUACACUGUUACAUAAUUAAAAAAAGAAACAACAGAAUUUGUAAAUACAAAUAACAUUGUCUCAUUUAGUGGUGAAGACAGCACUGCAUAUAUUUAACCAUUGCUUUUUAUUUAUUUUCUGUGAAAGGUCCAGUAGAGAGCAUAUCAAUGCAACUGACUUAAAUCUGUUCUCUAAAAAACAGCUUUACAGCUUCUUGUUUAUUAUCAGUUUAUAUUUAACACUGCCAUAUUGAAGUGAGGAGCUUUGGCAAAGAUGGAUGUGUUUCACAAAAAAACAAGUGCCUCAGGAGUUCCUUAAGAGGGUUCUUUAAUGGCAUGAUUCUUUGUUUUGAAUGAACCCCCCCCCAAUGAAAGGUGUAAACUAUUAUUUACGAGGUUAGUUUGAAAGAGUUGUUAAAAUAACUAACGUUUGUAGCAGUAUUUUCUAAAUGGCUUUUAACAACUUGGUUUAAUGUUUUUUCACCUUUGGUAACAAAUAAACCUCACAUAAUCCUUUAAAGCAAUUUACAGCUGUGUUCUUAACUCUGAUCUUUUUUUUUUGUGUGGAAAAAUCCUUUUUAUGCUUUUUGUUAGGCUUUUUUUUAUGUUAUCCAUUGUUUUACAUUUUCCGCUUGAACUUUGUACACUGUAGGAUUAGUAUGCUGUCUUUGUGUAUGGUGUGUUAUGGAUAACACUGUGGACUCACUGCCUCCAUGUGCAGACAGUCAUCUGUGUUCAUAGUGAUAGUGGCCCACAAAGGGUUUCUUCAGUAGUUUGGGUGGUGGGAUCUCAUGUGAUAGAGAAGACUGAAUGUCACGCAGGACUCCGGAUCAAAUUACAAAGUGCAUGAAUGAAGUGAGAUUCCUAGCCUAAGAAUGGAAGUUGUAGGUAUGAUUUGUCCUCCAAACAAACUACAACCUGUGAAUAGGGAGAAUGGCUUUGAAAAGACGAACAUCAGUAUGUGCUCAAGGAUGAAGAGCAGGUGAAAAUCAGAGGAAAUAAAUUAACAUGGGGUAAAGAUGCUGAUGUAUUCUACAGGAGGGUAACUGUAAUCCUCAUUCUUUUUUGAGGUAGAGGAUUUUUACUUGAGACUUAUAAUGACAGUCUUCUCAAACCUGUAGUGGUUUGGCUUUUCACUGUUUAUCAUGUGCCUAUAUGAUGAAUUUUGCAAAAGUCAUGCCUUUUUUCUGGCUAACUCCUCAAGCAUAUUCACUUUCAGCAUGUGCAUGGCCCAGCUCACUACAGACCAGGUGCAGCAGUCUCUAAAUGUCUGUGGAUCAGUUACAGGUUUCACAAUUCCACCCCUGUGCAAGCCAGACCCAGGCAAGAGCAAAGUGCCCUGCUAUCUGCUUGAUUACGAGAAAGCUCAGGUCUCAUUUAGAGGCUGAAGUGUGGAGUACUGGCAGGAUCAGCAAACAGAUGUCUAAGGGAUCUGUGCUUUUCAGUGACGUAGACUGGUGGGGGUGUUACUAGGGUUUAAGGGGCCUAAUAACAUACUGUACAUGUUAGUGAUCAGUUUAACACAUAAUGAGUUCAUUAAGUCUGGGGUUGACACCUCUGCCCUUGGAAGCCUGUAAGGUGUUUCUUUCCUAAGGCUCUGUAAAUUGAUUUAUUAAAACUGUGACUUGCUUUAGUGUUAUAUUAUGUUAUGAUUCGAGGUUCUAACCGUUUAGAGCUAGUUUUUUUAAAUCGGUCGUAUGUACCAGGAAUAUCUGGUGUAAAGGUGAUAUAUAAAACCUGCUGUACUGUAGCUGUCCAGGAUCCGGAUUGACCAUCUCUGAUCCGUAGCAUCAAGCAAUACUGAAUGGGGGAGCUGAGUGGACAAAUCAAGCAAACACAUUUGUGCCUGUCACCUAAUAAAGUCCUUGCCAAUCUUUUGGUUAUUUGUUCUUGUUCACUUAAUCCACAAGCAACGGGAAUCAAGAUGCCAUAUGUCAGUGCAUGCAGGGCUACAAUUGUGAUAGGCCAUCUUUAGAAUGCUCCUCAGAACCUCUGAAAAAGCAUAAUAUUUUAUCUUUCAUUGAAGGUUUGUGCUUUUAAUGUAAUCACCCACUCAUGCACUUAUUGGCACCACAGGUGGUAUAUGAUACCUGCAUCAACUGGUGUUGUACUGUUUUCUUGGAGCCAAAUGCCUUCAAAGUGAAGCGUGAGCCCUGGGCUUUAUUUGUAGCAUCAAGCCCCUGUCAGCAUGCAGGCAUUUCAUGGUUUCAGAUGUUGAGAAGGAUUAUUUCAAGGACAGGUGGAAUGACACGUAGCCAGCGCUGCUCUCCUACAUCAGAAUUGAGGUCACCGGUGUCACUGGCCUCCACCAGCGCCUGAGGUGAAGAGCCGGCAGUGUGAGGCGAGAUUGGAUCACCCCUUUAAAAUCCUGGAAAUUGUGCACAUAUAAAUUAAUGGAUAAUCAGAAGAGUUCAUCAUCUGAAGAAGGAAAGGGUGUUGGACGCUCUGAAAAAAGUAACAAGAUGGUUAAAGAGUCAAACAAUAAAAGGAAAUUAAGAACCGGUAAGGAUGUGCUUGAGGGUGGCGGGGAUGGCAGUGAGACCAAAGCUGAAGAUCAAGAUGGUGCAGGCUCCCAGGCCAAAAGAACAAGGUCCGAAGAAGACAAGGACCCUGGGGAGAGUGAGAGCUGUGAACCUGAGAAUAGGCAGGGAGAAGGAAAGAACGAUCAAGCCACUGCUGAUGGUUGCACGUGUCCCCACUGUCAUUUUCUGGCUAAAAAUCCAGUUGCGUUGAAAGUGCACAUGAAAAGAAAGCAUUCUCGUAAGAUUCCUAAGAAAGUGGUAACCACAGGUGCAAAUAAAGAAAGCAGAGCUAAAAAAAUACUGUCUGGGAAAGGAAUCGAAGAUCUUGGCAAAGUGGAGGGCGAGAUAUCUGAAGCAUACAAUGAGAAUAGCUGCCCUCAGUGUAGCUUCAAGGCAGAAAGUGCAGUCCUAUUAGAGGAGCACAUUAAAGUCAAACAUAAAGACGUUUCUUGUGCUGCUGGUGGUAUGGGUAUUCAGGCUCAUCAGAUUGAGAAAACCAAUUUGCAGAAACAAAGCAUUACAACAAGAGCGCAGAUAAAACGUUUGAUCUGCAAAAGUCAAGAAAUGGAGGCACUUGAUUGUACAACAUCAGAAAUUAAAGGUGCAAUGAAAAAGACUGACCAUGCUACUGGUCAGUCUGAAAGCAGUAAAGAAGUUCUAUUGGAAAAUGAGGAAAACAGAGAUUCUGACAUGGAAAUAGUCGAUCAGACUGUUGCAUUGGAAAAUGAAAAUUCUCCAAUUAAAAGCAAAGGGAAUGAACAAAGCUGUUCAGGGAAGGAGAUGCUGAAUCCUACACAAAUCCUUAUGAACAUGGUUGAAUUAACACCCCUUUCCUCUAGUAUAGAAGAUAACGGCAAAAAUGUGAAAGAAAAUGAAUCCAAGGGCAUUGAUAAUGCUGACAAUGGCAGCACAACACAACAUACAGAUGCAACACUCGAUAAAGAUUUAUUUUAUGUAGGAGCUACACCUGAAAUGAAUGUGGAGAGUGCUGAAGCUCACCACAAUUCUGAACCCACCACAGAUUCCCUCCUUCGUAGUACAAAUGAAGGCAUCAACAGCAAUGUAGAGGUGCAACUGAAUGUUGCAGAAAUUAGUGAAGACCAAGAAUCCUCUGUUUGCCAGGUUACUGCAGUCUCCAAAACUGACAAGCGUAGAUUGAAAGCAAAGUCUGAUAAAAAGUCUCAGCCCACAUGUAACUACUGUGGCAAUGGAUUUCGUGACAAGCAAAGCCUAGUUAUGCAUGUGAAAAGGCGCCACACGAAAGAAAUGAGCUUCUUCUGUGAGCCUUGUACUUAUGCUUGUGUGGCUAAGGGUGAUUAUGAAAAGCACUGUCAGAGCAACAGACAUAAAACAAAGACCUCAGAGAUUAGCAGAUACUCAGGUACACCAGCCCAGGUGAGCAAAGCCGAGAAGCAGAAAGACACAUUUGAGAUAGAAGUCCAAAUACCGAGAGAGAACUCCAAACCUACUGCGACCCAAGUUGCUGCUGCACAUUUGCUGAAACGUUCAGCAACCACCAGGGGUCAGCUACAGUGUAAGAGCUGCAUCUAUAAAACUAGCUCCUCAACAGUGCUAUUGAGACAUGUUCGCCUGAAACACUCAAAAGAGUAUCACUUUCGCUGUAAAGUGUGUGAUUAUUACACAGUCAGUUCCGAAGGGAUGGAAGCACACAUCGCCAGAAAGAAACACGCAGAGUUGGCUCAGAAAGAAAACCUUGGCUCUUCCUUUGAAGACUCUGUUGAGGAAGUCUGUGUGAAUACUUCAGAUGUUCAGAAAAUCUUAAAGAAAGACAUUUUGCCAAGUGAAAUCCAAGCAGGAGAGCAGCUGCCUGAUCCUGCAGCAAAAUUAACAUCUGAAGAAGCAAUGGGAAACAUAGAUGAAACUACUGAGGUUGGUCGAAGUAAAACAAAAAGAGGUCGACCAAAAGGAUGCACCUCAACAUCUUGUAACUACUGUGGACUGAUAGCAUCCAGUGCUACUAACCUUAGUGUUCACAUAAGACGGAGGCACAGCCGCCAGUACAGUUAUGCUUGUAAGCUCUGCAACUACUACUGUGUAACCAAAGGAGAUAUGGAUCGUCAUUGUGCUACUAAGAAGCAUAAGAGCCGUGUGGAGUCAGUCAGAAAUAUAAACCCAGAGGAUGACCAAGUUUAUCCUGAUGGAGUGGUGGAAGUUCUGAACAAUGGACAGGCUGCAAGUGUUGAAGUCCAAGGGGAUGUCAGUGAGGCAGCAGCAAUGGAGGCCGAAAUCCAGGAAGAAGCCAUUUUGAAACCGUCGGAAGGAGAGAGUGCCAUUGAAGGAGCCGUAGCAAGCAUUCCUUCACAUAAUGAGGACAGUGUGGAAAAUCUGACAGGUCCUGAGCAAGUAGAGGUGGUCGGAGAUGAGCCGGACCCUGAGAGUGCUGUUCAGAGAAAAAGCAAAUACGAUUCGGUUAACUCUUGCACUCACUGCAGUUUUGUUGCUCAUUCCCUUUCAUCUCUCGAUCUCCACAUUAAGCGCAAGCACACCAAGGACUUUGAGUUCUACUGCAUGGCCUGCAACUAUUACGCUGUCACUCGCAGAGAGAUGACAAGACACGCAAUGACAGAAAAGCACAAACAGAAGAGUCAAACUUAUUUGGAAACUGCCAAAAAAAAUGAGAAGGACCUGGUUCGGGCACCUGCUGAAACACCUACACAAAGCGAAGGAGAUGGUAAAAGUCAUGAAACAUCUCCUGUGGAAAGUCUUAGUGUAGAAAAUGGCACGUUAAAGCAUACUGAGGAAAGGCAGAGAGAAAACAACACUUCAGAGAAUGACGAGACCUGUAGUGGGCAAGAUGCAGAAAUGUCUGAAUUAAAAAGUGACAGCUUGAAUCAUAACUCUGACACUAACCAAGUGAAUGAAGAAAAUGCCAAAGUUAACAUGAGUGAGGAUAUAGUGCUGAGUCAGGAUAAUGCAGAGAAACUACUUGAUGUUAGUUCUGAAGCUGCGGAGUUAAAAGACAGCCAAGGACCGAGCCUAGAGGUGACACAGCUGAGCAAAUCGGUAAAAGAUGACAUUCGAAGCAAAGCUUCGCAGGAAAUUGUUAUGGAGAAGGAAGUGGAAAAGGAGAGUUUGCUUCAAGCAGACAAUGAUUUCGCAGUUGAGGGCUUACCAGAAACCAGCACUGAUCUGGAGGCCACUGAUGGUGGCAGCGCUACUCCUUUGCCUUCCAAGCAAUUAGUCAGGGCGAUUCCAUUCGAUGCGUGCAUUGUUCCUCUCAAACCCAGUUCUGAUUCUGAAACCGCAGAUAACGAUGCCAAACAGUCGUCAGAAAGAAGUGCUCUCAGCAGUUACCCGAGCGCUUGCAGCUCGGAGAAGGAAGUUAGGAAGAGAAAGAAAGCAGAUGGCCCCACACGCAAUGAGAGCGUGCGCAUUCGCUGCGAAGACUGUGGCUUCAUGGCCGAUGGUCUGAGCGGGCUAAAUGUGCACAUAUCUAUGAAGCAUCCUUCUAAGGAGAAGCACUUUCACUGCCUGCUCUGUGGGAAGUCCUUCUACACAGAGAGCAACCUCCACCAGCACCUGACGAGUGUCGGGCACCUGAAGAACGAGCAAGCCAGCAUAGAGGAGCUGCCCGAAGGGGGAGCCACUUUCAAGUGUGUUAAGUGCACCGACCCCUUUGAGACCGAGCAGGAACUCUUCAUGCACAUCAAAGAGAAGCACGAGGAGCUGCUCCGGGAAGUGAACAAGUACAUCCUGGAAGACACGGAGCAGGUCAACAGGGAGCGGGAGGAGAACCAAGGCAACGUCUGCAAGUACUGUGGGAAGGUGUGCAAAAGCAGCAACUCCAUGGCGUUCUUGGCCCACAUUCGCACCCACACAGGAUCAAAGCCUUUCAAGUGCAAACUCUGCAAAUUUGCCACGGCCCAGCUGGGUGACGCUCGGAAUCAUGUCAAAAGGCACCUUGGGAUGAGGGAAUACAAGUGUCAUGUCUGUGGGUGGGCCUUUGUGAUGAAGAAACAUCUGAACACACAUUUGCUGGGAAAGCAUGGAGUGGGAAGACCAAAAGAAAGGAAAUUUGAGUGUGAGGUGUGUGACCGGUCCUUCAGUGAGAAGUGGGCACUCAACAACCACAUGAAGCUCCACACCGGUCAGAAGCCGUACAAGUGCGCCUGGCCCACGUGCCACUACUCUUUCCUGACCCUGUCCGCCAUGAGGGACCACUAUCGGACUCACACAGGAGAGAAGUCGUUCCUGUGUGACCUUUGUGGGUUCGCUGGCGGGACACGUCACGCCCUGACCAAACACAGACGCCAGCACACAGGGGAGAAGCCAUUUCGGUGUGAUUUGUGCAGCUUCGCCUCUACCACGCAGUCCCACCUGACCCGCCACAAGCGCGUGCACACAGGCGAGAAGCCCUACAGGUGCCCCUGGUGUGACUACAGGUCCAACUGUGCCGAGAACAUCCGGAAGCACAUUCUGCACACAGGCAAACAUGAGGGAGUGAAAAUGUACAAUUGCCCCAAGUGCAGCUAUGGAUCCAAUGCCCCAAUGGAUUUCCGUAACCAUCUGAAAGAAAUGCACCCGGACAUUGAGAAUCCUGAUCUGGCUUACUUACAUGCAGGAAUUGUUUCCAAGUCCUUUGAAUGCCGUCUGAAAGGCCAGGGAGCUUCCUUUGUGGAGACAGACUCUGCGUUCACUGCGGGGGCCUCAGACGACUCUUCUCAUGCGAAGGAGAGGGUGGUGAGAAGCUCCAGAAAGCCGCUGGCAGCCCAGACUGAAGCUGUCCAGCAGGUCAUCAUCAUCCAAGGUUUCCCAGAGGGCUAUGGGGGGGAGUACGCCAUCGAUGCCUCCAUGGAAGAAUCUGCUGCAGCCACACUCCAGACCCUGGCCAUGGGAGGACAGGUCACUGAGGUGGUCCACAUCACAGAAGAUGGCCAGGUCAUUGCCACAAGCGGUAGCAGCACUCAUAUGAGCAGCAUGAUUCCUGGGCAAAUAGAGAUACCAGAAGGAACAACCCAAGUGGUGGUGGUAGAGUCUCCAAUGGAAGAGGCUUCCUGUGAGGAGCUAAUGGCAGGACAGGAGGCAACAGUCCACACCACAGAGACCUCCUCUGCUCUGGAUGCUUUGCUGUGUGCUGUCACGGAGCUGGGGACCGUGAAAGAGCAGCAACAGCAGCAGGGCCUGGCCAAGGCAGUAGAAGACGAAUCUCAUGGGGAGCCCUGCGAGAGCGAGAUUGUAACUACUGAGAUGUCCGAAGAGCCUUCCACAGAGGAGAUGCAGGUUUUCCACGAGGUGCAGGAGGGAGCACAGCCCAUGGAGGUCGUCACCCAGGUUGUGCAGUCGUCUUCAGUGCCCACUCCUCAGGGGUCAUCAUUUAAAGAGGUUGUGCAAGAGGUCCUGCAGUUUGCGGUGUGCGACAUGGCUACUGCCGGCCAGCUGAUGAAGGAGGGCUUGACGCAGGUCAUCGUCAACAACGAGGGAGCUGUUCACAUGGUGGCCAGGGAAGGAUCUCAGAUCAUCAUGCAAGAAGACGGUCAUGUGAUCAGCAUGCCCAGUCAGCACAUGGACCUAGUCAGCUCAGAUGGAGAGAUCUCCCAGAUCAUUGUCACAGAGGGCAUAGCGCAUGCAAUGGUCCAAAACUCCAGCCAGAAUUUUUCAGGAGAAAACACACAUUACAUUGUCACAGAAUUAGAUGAUUCCACUCUGCAGGUGGAGGGGACAGUGUAUUCCCAAGACACACCAGACAAAAGCCCUUCGCAAUCAGCUGUGUACCAUGGCGAAGAAUGUGCCACGGUGGGCACUGAAGGGGUGGAUGCCAAUGUGGUGCCUUCUGCAAUGGUGAGCGAGCAGCUGGCAGGAAUGGUGGUAUACUCAGACCACACCUCUCAAGAACAGGUCAUUGAAGAGUGUGAGAAUGCAGUGAUGCAGGAACAGUAGACAUGUCUAGAGUCACAGUCAGUAUGCAGAUGGAGACUCCAGUCAUGUUGUUAAGCUAUGAGCUAGCAUUUUUUUUUCUGUUUGAAAUGAAGUAUCUUUUGGUACUGUGUUGGAAAUACUCUUGAUAAUGUAUAUUCUUUUUUAAAUCUGUGUGAUCAAUUCUCAGGAUAAUAUCAAUUUCUGUGGUUUAACUGAACUUUAAAAAUCAGAUUACACAGGGAAAUACCUUUAGUUGUCAGAAUAAAAACCAGACACUAAGGAAUUAACCAAAUAUGAUAGUGUACAUGUCAUAAAAUGAUGCCCAAAUCAAUCACAUUCAGCACAACUUUGGCAUUUUAAAGUCUGUGCAGACACCAAUAGAUUGGUAUUUUGAUUCUUAGCACAGAAAGUGGCAGGAAAAUUUAUUUUUAGCAUAUAAUUUACUUGCAGUGCUCUGUAAAAGGGAAAGUAUAAUGGUAUUCUUUGUUAUUUUUUAAUAGCAGCUGACACUAUUUAGCUUGAACUCCAUUCUUGCAAGCUGUUUUGUUUGUAUUUCAUGAAGAAGUCAGUAGAAUAUGUGCUUAGUUUAUUAGUUUAUACACAACAAAGAAAUGAUAAAAAAGAGUGAAGUGACUUCCAACCUGGAUGAGAUGAGAUCUUGUAGUGUUACUUGCUGUUGAGAGGAGAAACAUAUCUGAAGGUGUAAAACUUUUUCAUCAAACAAAAUUAAUAAAGAACUGGUGUUGCAUAAA